UAUUCUACUGCUUCAUGGGCCAUGUGUUUUCUCUUCGGCUAUUCUUAUUCGGUUUGCUGUUCCUCCACUUGUUUCCACCACUCGAAAAAGCAGGAAGCAAAGAGGCAUAUCAUCAGUCUGUGUCUCACCUUCUUCUCUAAGUUUCUUCUCUGUUACCAGAAGAAACAGGAGGAGGGUUUAAAAGAAGGCAGACAGGUAAGAGGGAGGAGAGAAGAGAAGCAAUGGAGAAAGGAGGAGAGAGGUUAGUGGGAAGAUCCCACUUCUCACUCACAUGCAGACUCUUGAGCCAGUACUUGAAGAAGAAUGGCAGCUUUGGUGACCUUGGUCUUCUGCUGGCUCCAAGACCAAUUGACCACCAAGCUAAAGGGAAUUUUUGGGUACCCAACACCAUCUGCUUCAAACCAGGAAAUGAAGUCUCAGGAAUGGAUCAUCACCAUGCUGACAAAAGUACAGAUAAAAAUGCUUCAAAUUCUCUGGAGCUGAUGGUUUCCCAGCACUCCAUUAGCCUUAACUCUUCUGCCAUUCCGAGAACAGAGGAAUCUACCAAACCUUCGGAUGCUAAGGAGAUUGGGAAGGACCAGUUGACGAUCUUCUACGGCGGACAGAUUCUGGUGUUCGACAAUUUCCCCGCAGACAAGGCCAAAGAUCUGCUGCUCAUGGCGAGCAAAGAGAGCAUUGCAGAUCCUGCAGCUGACUGCACCUCGAAUGAACCGGCGGUGGCGCUGCAGAGUAGUCUGCCAGAGCCCGGCCAGGCUAAUUCUUCCGACAUGCCCAUAGCGAGGAGGAACUCCCUCAACCGAUUCCUUGGGAAGAGGAAGGACCGGAUGGGCCAAGCACCAUAUCAAGUCCCUGGUGGAUCAGCAGGGCCGGCGGCGGCAAAGCCAGCGGAGAACCAGCCAUGGCUCAGCUUGGGUCCUAAACCAGAAAGCAGUUCUCAGAGUAGCAGAUAGCUUGAGAUCAAGA